GUGUGUUGUAGUGUUGUUUUUUUUUUGGAGUGUCAUUUCUAUGUGCUUCGUGGUGGUUGUGUUUGUCGCUUUGCUCUUCGUGUGGUGGUGUGUAACGACUACAUUUAUUUUGGUGGUGUUAUUUGCGUCAACGAUGAUAAUGCACAACCAGAGAAAGUUGACUGGUGUUGUGAAGAGGCUUAAUUUCAAUGCCAUAUACGCGGGUGAAAACAUGGCCAAAUUCUUUUGCAUGUUGUACAAUAGACCCGAAGGGAGUAUAGGUCCACUGUCCGUUAAACAAGCAAAUAUCCCAUCCCAACCGAACUUAUAUGAUUGUGGAGUUAUCAUGUUAAAAGCCAUGGAAAUGUGGGAUGGAGAGGAUAAAUACAACGGAAAAAGCAUGCCGGAGUACACAAAUAAGGAGUUGAGUCAAAUUAGAAGAACUAUGUUAAAUAUUGGAUCCUAGACAACAACAACAUUCGACUAUUUGAUGCGUUAGAUGAAUAUGGGUUGUUGUAGGAUUUUGAUGGAUAUGUACAAAUUAUUAAUGUAUUCAUUUCAUAUGUAUUUAGACGAACAAUGAUAUAUAUAUUCAUCUUCAAUUAUAAAAAGUAAUGAUUGUUACAGAUAAUGAUAUAUGUACAGAAAGUUGAAUUUGAAUCCCAUAUGAUUUA